AUGGAUGUGAGGCAGGUUAUGGGAGCGGUUCUUACAUUUUCCAUGUUUAUGAUGCUUGGUAAUAUGAUCAAAAGAGACCAUUUUGAAGGUGAUGUUUUGCUUGACAUCCCAGCGACUGCGAAGGCUGAACAAGACUUCAAAAAACCGAUUUCGAAUGCUGAUCAAGACUACAUGAAGACUAUGAGGCACAGUCUUUUUGAACUUUCUAAAGGACUACGGAAAAGUGAUGCUCAACCCUUGAAGCUUUGUUGGAACAAUACAUCACUACCGAAAGGAAAUGAGAACUCAAAAGGUUUUGUUACGUUUUCAUUAACUGAUGGCCCAGAAUAUCACAUUUCUCAGAUCGCCAAUGCGGUGCUAGUUGCUAAACAUCUUGAUGCAACUCUGGUGCUACCAGAGAUUGUUGGCAGCAAAGGUGAAAAAAGAGGUUUCGAAGAAAUUUAUGAUAUGGAGAAAUUCUUAACGGUCAUGAACGGUGUGAUUCGAGUACAAAGGCAUAAAACUCCGGGAACAUCAACGAAAAAGCUCGUUAGUGUAAAAGUUCCCUACAACGCUAACCGGAACUACAUUAUGACCAAUAUUAAACCUCUAUUUCAAAAAACACAAAACGUGCGGGUCGUAACGUAUUUUCCUUCGUCAACCAUGGGACAAGGCAAAGUCGACAAGGAUAUGGACCCUCAUUCAUGUUGGGCAACUUUCGAGGCACUCCGUUUAAAGCCUGAACUGCAAGCAAUGGUCGACUCACUUGCUGAGAGGCUAAGAAACCAUGGACAAAAUGGGCAAUUUGCUGCUAUAGACUAUAAGGGUGCGCUGUUGGGAAAAGGUAUUUGUCAAAGUAAUGCAAAUAAAGAGAGAAAAAAUUGCUAUAACCCUGUCGAAAUUGCACAAUUUCUUCAAAGAAUUGGCUACCCACUAAAUGCGACAAUUUACAUGACUCAAUCAAAAGCGGACCGUAGCAUUGGUGCAGUGAAAGAUUUAUACCACAACACACUCACAAAGGAAGACAUAACGAAUGAAGACGAGAAGGGGAAGCUUCUCAACUCGGAACUGGAACAAGAUAUCAUCGACUUCCAUUUAUGUUCAAUUAGUGACAUUUUCAUGCCUGCAAAAUCUGGUCUCUUUUAUGCUAACGUUGUUGGAAAUAGAAUAGCAACCGGCAAGAUAGACAUUCUUGUCCCAGCUCAAAUAACAUCAGACUUGGCACAAAAUCAUGUCUCCUCAUACAUAUCAAAAAGAAGUCACCCAGCAUAUGCUUGUUUCUGUUAAUAAACAAAACCUCAAGUUGUAUCUAGUGCUU